GAUACACGGGAGAAAGAUGUGUUAUAUGUUCAGAGAAAUAAAAGCUCCGUAAAGAGAAGAAAAAAAUAAAAAAAGUCUUCUCUUUUCAGAGAUGAUUCUGCCAAUAGUGUUCCUGGGUCUUGCAGCUGUGCUGUCUCCAUCCACUGGACAGGACCUGAGCUAUGUGCCUCUCCCUUUGCUCACAGUCCCAUCCUCUCAACAGGUACCUGAAGCUUUCACUGCUCUGAUAACUACCAAUCCUGAUCAGCAAAAGCUAAUUGUUGACAAACACAAUACGCUCAGAAGAGGAGUAAACCCGACUGCCAGCAACAUGUUGAGGAUGGAAUGGAACCCUGCAGCUGCAACUAAUGCUCAAAACUGGGCAAAUCAAUGUUCUCUCAGUCACAGUCCUUCAAGCCAGAGGAAAACCAAUGUAGAUUGUGGUGAAAAUCUCUACAUGUCAACCGCCCCUUCCUCAUGGUCAGAUGCUAUUCAGGCCUGGUACAAUGAGGAGAAAGAUUUCAAAUAUGGAGUAGGAGCAACAACAAAAGAUGCUGUGAUUGGCCAUUACACUCAGGUGGUUUGGUACAAGUCUUACCAAAUUGGAUGUGCGGUUGCUUACUGUCCUGAAAGUAACUAUAAGUACUUUUACGUGUGCCAGUACUGCCCUGCGGGGAAUAGGGUAGAUUUAAUGAAGACACCCUACAAAGAAGGAAAACCCUGUGGUGACUGCCCUAAUGCUUGUGACAACGGAUUAUGCACCAAUCCUUGCAAGCUUCAGGAUCUUUAUUCCAAUUGUCCUGGACUGGUAAAUGAUUACGGAUGUGCCAAUACCUUUGUUAUGCAGAACUGCCCAGCUUCCUGCCAAUGCAAAACUGAAAUAAAAUAAAAUUAAAGGCUCAUCUCUUCCCUUCCCAGUCAUCCAUCUCCUUCAUAACUUCUUUCACAAAAACAAAGUAUAUCCUUCCAUGUAUGCAGGAAGACUGACUUCAGUCCAGUGAUACAAAUGAGGAAGAGCUACAGGCCAAUGUUAUAUUCUAUUCACAUAAUGCUCUGGAAAUGUAGUGGAGG